AUGGUCAAUGCAAUUCCGCAUCAACUUCCUCAAAAGAGAGCUCCUAUCUUUAGGGUAUGCCACUCUGAUACCGGGUCACCAUCACCAGCCACAAUCUCCGUAGUAAUUGAUCCUGAUCCUGUCAUUCCCGGAAAACCCAAUACUUUUACUGUUACCGGAACUGUAGAAUCAGAUAUAACAGAUCAAACUCAACUUAUUGCUUUUUAUACUGAUACUACAACUAAGGCAGACAUAGGCGAAGUCUAUUAUAUACCAAUUUGUACUGGAAAUGCUUGUCCAAUUAAAGCUAAAACUCAAUUUACUGUAAAGGCAACUCUUGAUACACCAGAAACAUUACCCAAUCCAUAUUCCAUCGUAGUUGGUAUUGUAGACCAACCUGGCACGAUCCUAGCCUGUACAGCUGCCAAUAUCGGUAAUCCUAAACGGGCACCAGAUGUAGCUGGAAA